AUGGCUGAUAUCUUUGAUAUCGGAGUAAUCUCAUUCUCUGUUGUGCUCAUCAUUCUUGCCAUCUUUAACUCUCACCGAAGCAGGAGCAGCAGAAUCAAGUGCUUGCAAUUCAUCAGCAACAAGUUAUUGAAAAUCAAAUUCAGUUCAAAAAUAAGAAGAAAUUUAUUACAAAUCAUUGUCUCGAUAGCUUUCAUUCUGUCUGACUUUAUGGCAUCAUAUACUAUCGUCAAUACUGAUAAGGACAUAAUUGGAGUAGGCACAGAGGGACUCUACAUGGCUUGGCUCGCCUUUCUCUACUAUAUCAGUUGGUGCCAUUGCUACUUUCUUCCCGACUUUAGAGAUAUUGGGAAACACAUUGACUUAGAUGACUUGAUAAAUCUGAGAAGUACAUAUCUGGGUUUUCUAAUCUUCACAGCACUAAAUAAUAGUCAUGAAUAUUCCAGAUCACCAAGUCAUUCUUUUCUUCUAGCUUUGUUGUUGUUAUGGUGUUCAAGUGGCUUCAAAGUUUUGGGGAGAUUUGUAUGUGUAUCCAUGGCAAAAAGAGGAGAUACAUUGGUUUCAAAUCACAUGGCCAAUGACCAUGGUGAGAAUUAUAAUAUUGAUACUGAAUAUUCCAUGCAAGGAUAUCGGUAUCCAGUGAUCAUCGGAGCCGGGUUUAAAGCAUUUUUUUUGCUCAACACUGAGAAAACCAUCACCGUCACUGUUGAUAAAAUUUGGCGGUGCCAAGGACAGCUUCUAAGCUCUGGAAAUCAGAAAUCAGCUCUACUCAAGGACAUCUGCCUCUCAUUUGCUUUGUUUAAUCUAUUGCGUCGAAGAUUCAACGGCUUCCCUCUCAUCGAAGCUUCACUUGGAAUGACAAAGGAUUUCGUCCUCCGGGGACUUCUUUCCAGAGAAGAUGAUCUUCAGAGAGCAUUCAGGGUGGUGGAGGUAGAGCUUGGAUUUCUCCAUGAUUUCUUUUACAAAAAGAAUGAUAUCACAUUCUACUUUACCUUCUUAUUAACAUUAAUGGGUUCUAGUGGUGUUCUUGUGGGAAGUUUUUGGCUUUUCUUGGAAACCCUUAAACAUCACCAGUUAUCACUACCUCAGUUUCUUGCGCUUUCCAUUGUUGUACUGGAAAUUUGGCAAAUUUUUAACCAUGUCUCCUCUGAUUGGACAAAGGUGAUUCUCAUAAAAAAGUACGUAGAGAAACCUUCUUGGCAUAAUUCAUGCAUGGCUGAGAAGCUCAUAGGGUUCAUAUGCAACAAGACAAGGCCUAUCUUCAGACCAUUGCAUCUAAUGUUAGGCCAGUACUCACUUCUUCAAUCCUUCAAUUCUAUUUAUACAUAUACUCUUCGGUAUGGUGUUUUCGUAAAUCCUAUACCAGGUGACAUGAUAAUAUUGAGAGAUGAAGUGAAGGUUGCCAUUCUCCUGUCACUGAAAGCUAGUGAUGGAAAACUCAGCAAUGGCGAAUCAUCGCUAUUUCGUAAUGGAGUUGGUUGGAAACUCUCAUGGGUUUACACACUUGAAACAAAUUCAGAAGUUAUAUGGGUGUGGCAUAUAGCCACCUCAAUGUGUGAAAUUGCAUCAGGUCCAGGUUUGAAGUUUCAUUCAUGUCUGAAAUCACAGAGCCUUUCAAGUGGAUCAGAUGCAUACAACCUUGUUGUUGCUGUUAGUUUAUCAAGAUACUGUGCUUAUUUGGCUGUGUUUGCUCCUGAACUUUUACCAGAUGAACAGGCUGUUCCCUGGAGCAUCUUCAGGAAGUUAAGGCUUGAAUCUAGUGAAAAGCUUAGAGAUUGUAAAUCAAUGAAGGAGAAGCUUGACAAGAUGAAGAAGAUGGGUGUGAGUGAAGGAUCAUCAGAGAAUAAUACUUUGCUUAUGACAGGUAUAAAGCUGGGGAAGCAAUUACUGGAAGAGAUUGAGGAUGAAAGUGAGAGGUGGAGAAUUCUUGCAGAUUUAUGGGCAGAGUUGAUGCUUUACUUGGCUCCAUCAGAAGAGCUUGAAGCUCAUGCAGACCAUCUUGCAGAUGGUGGAGAGUUCAUUACUUAUCUCUGGGUCUUGCUCACCCAUGCAGGAGUUUUUAAAAGACCUUAA